UUCUUGAAUAUUAUAAACCUGGCUUAUCAGCCCGACGCAGGGCUGGAAUUUGUCUCUUCCUGUGCUGCAUCUCUGCUUUCUGAGAGGCGCGUUUAAAUACAGGCUGGGGACGCAGCCUUCCAGUGCGCUCCGUGAGGCCGUGACAGCAGGAACGGGGCUUCUCAAGAAGCUUUUAUUAUUCCUUUUGCAUUAAUUCCUCUUGAGAAAGGAAUCUGUUGGGAAGAAGGCUCUGAGACUGCAUGUCCCAACAGUAUCAGCUGAAGGAGGUGAAGGCAGACGCGGUUUGUUUCGUACCUGGCUCUCCUCUCUUCUCAGUCCUCAUGGAGCCGGCUUCUUUUUGCUACCCCCAGCUUACCUUCCUGCGCUCACCCUACGGGCAGUUUGGGGCGAGUGCUGGCUCUUCACAGGACCUGGCCCCGUGGCCUCAACGCUUAGUGCCGCAGAGAUGGAGCGGGCCGGUGGAUGAAUCUCCACCAGCAGCGAUGUCAAGGAAUGGAUACUUCUUUGAAGAGAGUGGGUACCUCAAGUGUGACACGGACGAUGGCUGCGAGGCCAAGGAGGAGACGGGGGGAGAGGAGCUCUUUGAUGCUGUGAACUCCUCCAUCGUUUCAGGGGACAGCAUCCGAUUUUUCGUCAACGUCAACCUGGAGGUGCCACCCAACACUGCUGGUGAGUGACGGAGCUCGGCGGAACAAAAGCAGUUCCUCCUCCUCCUCUCUGGGCGUUUUGGUUUUCAGUUGUAAGUUCUUUUGUGUCGUUAAAGGAAAACCCACUAAAAACUGGCUGCUGAGCUGGUCUCAAGCCAUCUGCAUCGUCCUUUUUCUCCCUUUCUCCCAAAAUAUGAAGUGCUUCCCCAGUGCAUCCACCUGGGCUGUACAGCACAGUGUUGGGCUUGGUGACUUUGUCAACCACCCCUGCAAAAUUAAGAUCCUGCUUCUUAAAACAUGGCCCAAAGCUUGAGGCAGGCCUGGAGGGACAUGGUUCUGAGUUUGGAGCCUAGGGUUUUGCAGCAGCGAAAGCAGUAGCAGGCUGGUCACUGGUGGAGAGAUGAAAUUUAUUUUCUUUUUGGUGC